UUGGACUUGACACUACCGCGUUCAGUCUCUCUCUCUCUCUAAAACCUAAAUAAAUCACUAACUUUUUCUCUCUCUAAAAAGGGAGCGAAUUCACUCCCUAGAGCCUGUAUACAUUAAUGAUUUCCCUGUAUCUCAAUUCUCACGAUUCUACAUUCUCUCUGAAUGCAUGAAUGCUAUCUGACAUAAUUUUAUCUGAGGAAGGAAUUCAUUCUCUCUCUCCACAGAUAUAAAUGAUUUUUCUCUCUAAAUAAAUAGAUUCAAAAUUAUUGCAGUCCCAGUCCAGCCCGCCUUUGCAUUCCUCCCAGGGAAAGCAAGCACUACAAAUACUUGGUCUGAACCAAACCCUAAUUAUCAUUGCCAUGUGAGUUCUUAAACCAGUUGAUAUCAAAUGGUGAUCAAGCAGAAGAUAUGUCUGAUGCAAAACCCACUCUAUGUGGUCCUGGUGUUGCGUCCCAAGAUGGUUCAUCUUCAAGAGAAGCUAAAUCGGUACCAGGUGAUAUAGCUCUUGUAGAUUCUGAUCUUCAAAUCCUUGAUGCUGAUGAGAAUGACAGUUUAGUCAAUGCAGACAGACCUCAAUGUCGCAUUUGUUUAGAAGUGGAAGGUGAAGACCUAAUUGCCCCUUGCGAUUGCAAAGGCACACAAAAAUUUGUACACCGAUCCUGUCUUGAUAGUUGGAGAUCAACCAAGGAAGGCUUUGCAUUUUCUCACUGUACCGAGUGCAAGGCAGUUUACCUAUUACGAGCAAACGUGCCUCCAGAUCGGUGGUGGUUGAGAUUGAAGUUUCAACUACUUGUUUUCAGAGAUCAUGCAAUCCUCUUCUUUAUUGUUCAGUUGGUUGUCGCCUCCUUGGGCUUGUUGGUGUACAACUUCUAUGGAGAGCAACUCCGCGAAAUGUUUGGUUAUGCCCAACACCCGUAUGGAUUUUAUUCUUUAGCAGUCUUGGCUGUUAUCUUCGUGGGGUUGCUUUAUGGAUUCUUCAUAGCCAUAAUUUGUGGGCAAAGGAUCACCGAACGCCAUUAUCAUGUUCUCGCCAAACAAGAGUUAACUAAGGAAUAUGUGGUAGAAAGCCGAGACGAGAAUCAAAACCCUCCAGAGCUCGACUCUGAUCAUGUGACAGAACUGAGGAUGCUGGGACUUUACUGAGAUCCCUCUAUGAAGUUUUCAUUCUGCUUCAUGAAAGUGUUAUUUAUUGGGGUGCUUUUGAAGACCCUUGCAUGUACAGAUUGAUCCCCAAUAAGGUGGAAUGUUCAUGGUGGUAAGAGUACAGUUCAGUUGUAUUCCUCAUCUUCCACAUGUAUAUCAUUUAUUCAGUGCCUUUAAGAU